AAAAAAAAAUUCCUAUAAAACGAUUUGAUAUAAUAGAGAGACAGUCUCUGAAACAUUCAACAGUCAUUGAUUCGAAACCAUUUUCUUAUCUUCUCUCUUAAAACCCUAGCAAGCUUCGUCUCAGUUCUACCUUCUACCACCGCUACUGUUUCUGCUGAUUUCUUCUGCCACCUCCUUUCUCUGCGAAGAUGGCAAGGAAGAUGCUAAUCGAUGGGGAAGUAAGCCAAACUAAUGAGGAAGAGGCACACUACGACUUUGACUUAUUUGUUAUUGGGGCGGGAAGUGGCGGUGUUCGUGCUUCUAGAUUUUCAGCUAAUUAUGGAGCUAAGGUUGGUAUAUGUGAGCUUCCAUUUCAUCCCAUUAGUUCAGAAACGAUUGGAGGAGUUGGUGGAACAUGUGUUAUUCGUGGUUGUGUUCCCAAAAAGAUUUUGGUGUAUGGAGCAACUUUUGGAGGUGAAAUUGAGGACGCCAGGAAUUAUGGAUGGGAGGUGAAUGAGAAAGUAGACUUCAACUGGAAGAAACUUCUGCAUAAGAAGACUGAGGAAAUACACAGGUUGAAUGGAAUAUACAAGAGGUUAUUGUCGAAUGCUGGAGUAAAAUUGUUUGAGGGAGAGGGGAAGCUAGUUGGGCCUAAUGAAGUUGAGGUGACUCAGCUGGAUGGCACAAAAUUGAGUUAUUCAGCAAAGCAUAUCUUGAUUGCAACUGGAAGUAGGGCACAACGCCCUCCAAUUCCCGGCCAGGAAUUCGGUAUAACCUCUGAUGAAGCACUGAGUUUAGAGGAGCUUCCUAAACGUGUUGUGGUGCUUGGAGGAGGGUACAUUGCAGUUGAGUUUGCUUCAAUAUGGCGUGGAAUGGGUGUUACUGUCGACCUUUGCUUCAGGAGGGAACUUCCACUGAGAGGUUUCGAUGAUGAAAUGAGGGCAGCCGUUGCAAGAAAUCUAGAAGCUAGGGGAGUUAAUUUACAUCCAAGGACAAGUUUGACAGAGGUGAUAAAAACUGAGGAUGGUGUAAAAGUUAUUACUGAUCAUGGUGAAGAGUUGAUAGCUGAUGCUGUAUUGUUUGCCACUGGCCGGGCUCCCAACUCAAAGAGGCUGAAUUUGGAUGCCGUUGGUGUUGAACUUGAUAAAGCUGGAGCUGUGAAGGUGGAUGAGUUCUCACGUACAAAUAUUCCUAGCAUAUGGGCUAUUGGUGAUGUUACAAAUCGAGUGAAUCUUACCCCUGUGGCCUUGAUGGAGGGGACAUCUUUUGCUAAAACUGUUUUUGGUGGGGAACCUACGAAAGCAGAUUACAAGGAUAUACCCUGUGCAGUGUUUAGCAUACCACCUCUUUCUGUUGUGGGCCUCAGUGAAGAGGAAGCAAUAGAGCAGUCAGAUGGUGAUAUUUUGGUUUUCACAUCAAACUUCAAUCCUAUGAAGAACACAGUUUCUGGACGACAAGAAAAGACAGUUAUGAAGCUUGUUGUUGAUGCCGAGACUGAUAAAGUUCUUGGAGCAUCCAUGUGUGGACCAGACGCUGCUGAAAUUAUGCAGGGCAUUGGUAUUGCACUCAAGUGCGGAGCUACCAAAAAACAAUUCGACAGCACGGUGGGAAUUCACCCUUCUGCUGCUGAGGAAUUUGUAACCAUGCGAUCAGUGUCGAGACGUGUUGCGGGGGCGAAGAAGCCGAAAACAAAUUUGUAAGAACAGAGAUUAUGUUGAGAGACAGACAAUCUCACGGUAGUGGCAUGCACAUUGCGUAAUAAUCAGGAAAGCAAAAGUUAAAUAUUGUUUAUUUAAUUUUGCAGCGAAAGGUUGUUAUCAUAUUAUUAUAAUUACUGCAUUGCAGUGUAUAGGCGAUGCUGCAAUAUUGUUCUCUUAUUUGUUAUCUCAUCAUUUGAUCAGGUAUUUCAACUUAAUAUAUAUAUAAUUAUUUCUCUUCUGUGA